CCUGGAUCAGGACUGUAUGAAGAUGAGCCUCAAGACAGAGCGGCGGGGAAUCCAUGUUGACCAAUCAGAGCUUCUAUGUAAGAAAGGAUGUGGCUACUAUGGAAACCCAGCCUGGCAAGGCUUUUGCUCCAAGUGCUGGAGAGAGGAGUACCAGAAAGCACGGCAGAAGCAAAUCCAGGAGGACUGGGAGUUUGCAGAACGUUUGCAACGUGAAGAGGAGGAGGCAUAUGCAAGCAGCCAAGGUGCCCAGGCAGGGCCACAAUCCCUCACAUUUUCAAAGUUUGAAGAGAAGAAAUCAAAUGAAAAGACCAGGAAAGUAACUACAGUGAAAAAAUUCUUCACCGCUUCAUCUAAAAGCCUCCCAAAGAAAGAUAUAAAAGAAGCAAAAUCCCCGAGCCCUUCUCUGAGCCGCCAAUUCAGCUUGGAAACUGACCGUGUGUCCAAGGAUUUUAUUGAGUUUUUAAAAACUUACCAGAAAGCAGGGCAUGAUGUGUACAAACUGUCCAAAAUCUUCUUGGAAGCCAUGCAUCACAAAAGGGAAUCAAACAUUGAUGAACAAUCGGAAUUUACCCAGGACUUUUAUCAAAACACAGCAGAUAAAUUGCAAAUGUAUUGGAAAGUGUCCCCUGAUAAAGUUGAGAAAGUGAUGGAUCAAAUUGAGCGGUUCAUAAUGACUCGCCUCUACAAGCACGUGUUCUGCCCAGAAACCACAGAUGAUGAGAAGAAAGACCUCACAGUGCAGAAAAGAAUCCGGGCUUUACAUUGGGUAACUCUUCAGAUGCUCUGUGUUCCUGUAAAUGAAGAUAUUGCUGAGGUGUCCGACAUGGUAGUAAAGGCUAUAACAGAUAUCAUUGAGAUGGACUCAAAACGUAUUCCCCGUGACAAACUUGCUUGUAUCACUCGCUGUAGCAAACACAUCUUUAACGCCAUCAAGAUCACAAAAAAUGAGCCAGCCUCAGCCGAUGACUUCCUGCCCACUCUCAUCUACAUUGUUCUGAAAGCAAAUCCACCUCGCUUGCAAUCCAAUAUUCAGUACAUCACUAGAUUCUGCAACCCCAGCAGGCUGAUGACUGGAGAGGACGGCUAUUAUUUCACUAACCUGUGCUGUGCUGUGGCCUUCAUAGAGAAACUGGAUGGGCAGUCGCUGAAUUUAAGUGAAGAAGAGUUCAGCAGGUACAUGUCUGGGCAGGCUUCUCCAAAAAAGCAAGACCUAGAGAACUGGCCAGAAGACACCUGCACUGGUGUAAAGCAGAUGCACAGAAACCUUGACCUACUAACCCAGCUGUCAAAGAGACAAGAGCAUAUUGUAAAUGGGGCUAAGAAACUAGAGAAGGACCUUAUUGACUGGACAGAUGAAGUCACCAAGGAAGUCAAGGACAUUGUGGAAAAAUACCCACUGAACAUUAAAACAGCCAGCCAGGCCCUUGCAGCCCUUGAGUCUGAAAAUGUAGAAGAUGAUAACCUGCCCCCUCCACUGCAGCCUCAAGUCUAUGCAGGAUAACAGACUCCGCCCAGAAGACACAGACACGUGCAAUCACUCCUAUUACACGGGUGCAGCAGUAAUUCACUGAUUUUUGGAGAAUUUGGGUCAGUUCAUUGCAGAUCCUGGAGAGAUCAGGUGUUUUUUUAAAUGAAAACUUGUGACGGUACAAACUUUCUUUGGCCUUGUGGUUUGCUUGGUAAAACUAUUUAUUAAUAUGGAUUAUACAGGGCUGUCUUAUUUUACAGAUAGUAAUGAUUACCCAAGGAUUCUUUUCAAUAGCAUUUUGUUUAGUACUUGUGAUAGGAUUAUAGGAAUACACAGUAGUCUUAAUAAUUUCUAUUUGCAGAACAGAUUUUUUUGGCUUUUAAAGAUAUUUCCAGCCUUCACAAACGCUCUAGGAGCAACAACUGUUACUUGCCCAAAUGACAAGAACAUGCCCUAGUUUAUUUGAUUAUACUAAAGCUUUUUGUGUAAGUUAAACAAAGUUGUAAACAAUUUUAAAAUGUUUGGUUUUAAAGGCCCAGUAACCCCAAAAAAGUAAAGGGUUUAUUGUACAUUUAAAUAUGUAAAGUUACUCCUUUACUGGAAAGCACCGUGUGUUUGCUUUGAAAGUCAGUUAUUGUUAUAGGGCCCACAUUCACAUAGCAAAUAACUGUACAAUACAUUAAUUUAGUACUUAACUAGGGAGAUAAGCAGGAAUUUAUUAGACAUUGGUAAAAAGGUCUCCAGUCUAGAUAUCGUCCUUCCUACAUUCCAGGAGUAGAAAUAACAGAAGCAAAUAAUAGGCUCAUGCAGUAGUAUUUAUAAAAGACAAAGGUUACAUUUAAAAAAAAAUCAAAUAAUAAAUUUUAUGACAAUUUUGUGACUUUAUUCUAAUGCAGAAUUUUACAGUUUGUAAUAGCUACAUCUGCAGUGCAACAGGAAGGAAGGUUUGGACAGGCCCCAGGAGCUGGGCAGCUGGCCAUCCAAUUCAAAUUUCCCUGGUGACUCCCACUCCAAACAACAUAUUAUUUAUAUAAAAUCCACCCCUCCACAUCUGUAUUAAAUAUGUCUGGCUCCUAGACAAAACUUCAUGGCCAAGGUUUGCUUUGGAAGAAAACAUUUUAAUUAAGUUUUUCUCUGUUCAUAAAGACAUAAUCAAAUUAU